UAACAGUGCCCUGAAAACUUGCCCAGUAAAGAUUGCAGCUGCAGCCAGACUGUGCUCAGAAAAAGGAAGCCCAAGUAAGCCACUUGCCACUGACCUUUGAUUCAAAUGCCAAUGUUUAGCAAGCAAAUAUUUAGAAGCACACCAUUAAGCAGGGAGGCACAGCUUUACCACAGUGAAUGUCAUCAAGGGGUGCCUCAGGAACAGGCUGACAGCUUUCUCUUUCUCUUCCUCUCCCAGUGGAGCAGCCUGUUGCAGCCACUGUCUCUGCAGUCAGGCUGCCUGCAGCAACUGGAAUGAACUCAGUAUAUGCCAGCUCAGCCUUAGGACCUGAUCCUAACCACCGUCUGUGGUUGGAACCCACGUACUGGGCAGUGUCCAGGAAAUUAGUUGGUAUUGGUCAGGUGCAGUAAUAGGUUCAGCAAUAGUGGGUAUUUUUGCCUCAGGAGUGGCUUAGAAUUAGCUGUGUUGGUCAGUUUAUAAUUAGAUAUUUGUAUCUAACAGGAUUAUUUUUCUGUUAGGUGUUUAUAGUUUUGUUUCUUCUUUUUUAAAUAUGAUAAAUAAUCUUUAUAUAUAUAUUUUUAUAUAUAUACACCCUGAAAGAAUAUCUAUAAAAAGGGAGAAUCCUUGUCGGGUGGAUGCUGCAGCAGAAAAGCCCAAGCCACAGGCAGGGCAGUGGCGGACGCAGGCAGAUGUAUAUGCAUAAAAACCCUGGAAGAGGAGGGCUGUUGAACACACCCACACCUCCGUUUGCUUGGCAGCACUGGGCUGCUGAAUGCCAGUACAGCAUCGUACCGGUACCGAGGAGCUCUGCCCAUGGGCUGGCGGCUGCUGCUGCUGCUUCUGCUACAGGCAGUUUGGAAAAGUACUCUGGGAAAAUCCCAUUCACUACACACCCGAGGAAUCAUUGAAUUAGCAGGAGCUAUAUCAUGUGGCACGGGACGGUCUCCCUUGGCAUAUAUUGGCUACGGAUGUUACUGUGGACUGGGAGGACGAGGCUGGCCUAAAGAUAAAACGGACUGGUGCUGCCACAGGCAUGACUGCUGCUACGACAAGGCAGAGAGAGAGGGCUGCAGUCCGAAGGCACAGCGCUACCAGUGGGUGUGCGAGCAGAAUGCCGUGCGGUGUGAUAACCUGACAGACCCAUGUGAAAAAAUGGUGUGCCUGUGUGACCAAGAAGCAGCCCAGUGUUGGGGAACAGCCCCUUACAACCCACAGUUCGUCCUCUGGCCAGACUUUUUAUGUGGGCAGACUCAUCCAACCUGCCAUUUCAGAUAUGGAGGGUCAAAAUAGUUUUUAAAGGAACUUUCUUCUAAUCCUUUGAAUCUGAACACACUGGAAUAAAAUUUUACCUCUUUUACCAGA